AUACAAGAAGAGCAGACGCACAGACUGUGCGAACCACAGGGGUAUUAGCCUAACGCCAGUUGUGACAAAAUUACUGGCCUCGAUUAUCGUUCGUCGCCUCACUGCAGAACGGGAAUCUCGGAUUAGAGAAGAGCAGGCCGGUUUUCGCCCAGGACGUGGCUGUAUAGACCAUAUAUUUACUUUGCGGCAGGUGCUAGAGCAGCGCCACGCAUACCGCAGACCGACAAUAGCUGUGUUCCUCGAUUUCAAGAGUGCGUUCGAUUCAGUCGAUCGAUCGAUUCUGUUCGAAAUACUUGCGCGGAAAGGUGUUCCCACGAAAUAUGUGAACAUCCUUCGUGCUCUAUACUCGAACACUAGAGGCCGCGUCAGGGUCUAUGGUGCCCUAUCGGAUAGCUUUUCGACUACAAGUGGCGUUCGACAGGGUUGCCCGAUUUCCCCAUUUUUGUUCAAUUUCGUCGUGGAUUCUAUCCUGGAGUGUUCUUUUUGCAAAAUCUCAUGAUGUAGGUGUUGAAGUGCUGCCUGGUGAACGGUUAGUUGUUCUAGAUUAUGCGGACGAUAUCGUCUUGCUUUUCGACAAUGUUGAGGCGGCACAAUCAACCCUGAAUAGUCUAUCCAGAGUGGUCCCAUUAUUUGGUAUGCACUUCGCACCUUCAAAGUGCAAAGUGUUGCUGCAGGACCACCAGCCACUUGAUGACCCCUUGACGCUUGUUAACGAGGAACUCGAGGUGGUUGAUCAAUUCACUUAUCUUGGCAGCUGCAUCAGCAAUGAUGGGCGCAUAGAAACGGACGUGAGCUCACGCAUUGCAAAGGCUAGAGCUGCCUUCUUGAACCUGCGUCAUCUUUGGCGACAGAAGGGAGUUUCCCUCCGUCUGAAAGGCCGUGUAUACAAGGCCACAGUGAGGGCCGUUCUGCUGUAUGGUAGUGAGACUUGGCCCCUUCGGUCUGAAGAUCUGAGGCGCCUUCAAGUCUUUGAUCAUCGUUGUUUGCGAAGCAUUGCUGGUGUCGGAUGGCACCAGCGUGUCUGCAACGAUGAUGUGCGUAGGCGAGUACUAGGUGGUGAUGAUCAUGCUAGCUCCCUAGAACAACAGAUAGCACUGAAUAAGUUACGUUGGCUCGGGCACGUGCUACGCAUGCCUGUUCACCGCUUACCUAGGAGGGCCUUGUUCAGUCUACCAGGUGUCGGAUGGCGCAAGGCUCGAGGUGGACAGAAGUUGACUUGGCAGCGGGAAAUGAAGUCACUGACGACCAAACUGGGUGCCGUUGGUCCGUCUCGCCUUCCGGGUUGGAGUCCACGUGACUCACCCUGUGCUUGGCUCGAGACUUUACAGGAUAUGGCUCGCAACCGACACCAGUGGCGCGUCUGCUGCCGUCUCCUAAUCGGAUUGUCUGUUUAAAGUGUGUUUGGUGCUGAGUUAUCUGCGGGGUAAUGGCUGAUUACGACGCGUGGCAGUGAAAGCCGCAAGGAAGCUGUCUCGCCGAUGCCGCCUUAUCUUUGCACGAUAGCCAGCUGUUUGUGACGGUAUGUUGUCUACACAAGGUGUAGGCGCCUUGACCUUGAAUGUUUGCUUAGGGCAUUAAGGUUUUCAGGUAAGUCCCCCUUCUCUCCCACUUCUUAUUCUUUAUUUCAUAGGUCCUC